CAGUAUCAAUUCGCACGCGUGCGACAGCAGACAACGCUUCAACAUGGCUGAGGAAACGUCGCCCGCUCCGCUGUACUUUGCAGUCGGCCCCAAUGCACGUGAGAUCACCUGCCCCUACUGCAAGACCCUGGCCAAGACGCGCAUCCAACGCAACUGGCUGCGCUGCUGCACCAAGCGUCAUCAUUGCGGCGCCUGUGGCGAGUAUCUGGGUGUCUAUAGACGCCCCCAACUCUGAGUAUUGAGCUGCCAAAAACAAACCAAAGUGUCAAACAAUAAAGAGCUGCUACUGAUGACUACCAACUGUGUGUUUGUGUUUUUAA